AUGACCGGGACGACGCUCACACCGCAGUCGGCGAGUAACUUAGUCAGUCUCAACAUUGGCGGCGGCGCCGGGCCACAGCUCUCGGCUUCGUUCGUGAACUCCUUCCGAGUCACCGCCGUCGCCGAGCGGCUCCUCAACCACGUUCAGUCUGGUUUUCGCGGUGACGUCAUGGAGUUCUUCAACCUCUGCCUUUCUCUCGCCAGAGGGAUUGAUUAUGCUGUUGCGAACAAUGAGGUUCCGGCGAAGGCGAGCGAUUUGCCUAGUCUGUUGAGACAGAUAUGCCAAAGGAAAAACAACGACGUUUUGGUAGCUGCUGUUAUGGUGCUGAUGAUAUCUGUGAAGAAUGCUUGUAGGACUGGAUGGUUUUCGGAGAAGGAGAGUGAAGAGCUGUUUUCUCUAGCGAAUGAGAUUGGGAGUAGGUUCUGUGGCUCGGGGGAUAUCACAACUGGAUCUGACUGUUCUCUAUCUAUUGUUGACAAAGUUAUAGAAAGAUAUUAUCCAACGUUGAAGAUGGGUCAGACUCUUGCCUCUCUCGAAGUUAAGCCUGGAUAUGGAACAUACGUGCUUGAUUUCCAUAUUUCAAAGAGUACAGGUUAUGCUUCCCAUGAAAAAAUUCGGCUAUUUGUAGCCCAAACUGAUAAUAUCGAGACAUCUUCUUGUAUUAUAAGUCCCCAACAAGUGAACUUUCUUCUGAAUGGAAAGGGAGUAGAUAAGAGGAUCACUUCUACAAUGGAUACUGGACCACAGUUGCCUACAAAUGUGACUGGAAUGCUUAAAUAUGGAACAAAUCUUCUUCAAGCUGUGGGCCAGUUCAAUGGUCACUAUAUCAUAGUGAUUGCCUUCAUGAGCAUCGCAUCAUCAAUUGACCCUCCAGUACUGAAAGAUUAUGUUCAGCCCAUUGAACCUUCCUCAAAGUCAGAUACUGAUAUAGUUGAAGGGCCAUCAAGAAUAUCACUUAAUUGUCCCAUAAGCUUUACGCGAAUCCAAACUCCUGUUAAAGGACAUUUGUGCAAACAUCUUCAGUGCUUCGACUUCAGGAACUACAUCACUAUGAACAUAAGACGACCAAGGUGGCGCUGCCCCCAUUGUGAUCAGUAUGUUUGCUAUUUGGACAUUCGUGUCGAUCAAAAUAUAGUUAAGGUCCUGAGAGAGGUAGGAGAGAAUGUUUCUAAAGUAAAUAUCUCUGUAGAUGGAUCAUGGAAGGUGUCGGAAAAUGAUGAUGAUGAUCUAUAUCUGGUAGACAAACUAAACGAAACAUCUGAGAUGGAUGAAGCUACUCCUGGUCCUAGUGUUAUGGAUCUUACCAAUGAUGAUGAUACUGAGAUGGCUAGUGCUUGCGAACCUGAAGAUGUGAAACCUUUGAGCAAUACAAACACUGCUCAAGUAGAAAAUGACUUUUGGUCUGGAGUUUACUUGGCUAAUUGUACGUCUUACUCUGGUCCCAGUUCUUUACAACCUUCCUUGUUGUCUGAUGCUGUUUCACUUGCUCUUAAUCGAGAAGCCGGGAGUCAUGGGAACACUGAUUUUUUGGUGUCUGCAAUGCAUAAUCAACUCUCUACUCCCAAUUACGUGAACUCACAGUUGUUGCAAUCUGCAAAUUCGACUGCUAGCAAUGAGUAUGGGACAUCACAGACAUUACCUAGAGAACUGGCUUCCGGGCUGCCAAUAGGCAGGACUCCGACAGCAGUUCAGGCCCUACCAGCUUUGUCCCAGACACUUGGUGUGCAACAAAGACCCAGAACCAGUUUCAAUAAUCCAGCUCCCAAUAGUGCCUCCCUCACUUCUCAUGCUGGCCAGUCUAUCACUUCCGAGGCAAAUGUUCUCAGUGGAAUCUGUAGCGACUUGGAAAGGCAACAAUACUUUGCUAGGCCCCAAAUGAAUCCAGUUCAAGUGUCAGGCAUUGCUUCAUCCUCAUUGCAGCAUGGCUCAAGAACAACUCAGAAUUGUGCCCCCCAAGAUCGGUCCUUUACUCAUGGCCAAUCCGUUGUUGGACAUCAGGUUCCGAGCCAACUGCAAAGCGCUAGCAGAGUAUCUUCUGGGCUCCAGGGGUUCACAAAUGCACACCUAGAUAAAACAUUUAAUUCGAGGACUCCACCAGCUAUGAGCCAAUCUCCAAGGGUACAUACUUUACGGUCCCAUGUAAGGCAGGGGAGUGCACAAGUUGGAAUUAAUCAAGCACCAAGUUCUUUAAACAACCAACAGAGCUUCACAGUGGCUGCUCAGCGAGCUGCUAUGGCCAGGCAGUCUUCACCAAUGCCAGCUCAAAAUCAAACUCCCAGAACCAGGCCAUCUUUGUCUGUAAAUGCUGGAGGGUUUAGAGGGUCGGCAGGGGAUCGACGUGGAAACAUUGGAGGUCCUGUCCAAGCAGUUUCAGGGGCUGAUGAGUUGGUGGAUUCACCAUCUGAACAGAAUUGGCGACCAACAGGUCGAAUGCGUGGAAGUCUCUCUGGUCAGGCUUAUACUGCUGCUUUGAACAAGUUCAUAAUUCGGCCAACCCCACCAACUGAAAAAGCGAGACCUGCGUCACACCUGACCCCUCCUUCACACCUGACCCGUCCUCCACACCUGACCUCUCCACCAGCUGUUGUUCCAUCCCAAUUGCCAACUGAUAUGAGCUCUCAGCUUCCUCAAAUGCCUACUAGUCAGCCUCUCUGAGUGGUUUUGCUCAUGUGAACACUCGACAGGUUGACUUCGAGGUGUUUAUGCUGUUGUAAAUAUUAUGAUAGUUGGUCAAUUUUGUAUUCCAUGGUCAACCGGGUAAGUCUUUUUAGGAAUUAGGAGUAUGCUCUAGUGUAUUAAUACAGGAUUGAGCUAACUUAUAGUACAAGGUUAAAAAUCUCGGUGUUGACUGUUGUAGUUGUGAUGUUAUCUAUUUAGCUAUUUAUAUACAUCUUAUCGUUUUGUGUUGUG